GCUGUUUUGAGAUCGUUGGACCCUUGCAAUACUGCCAUAUUGUUGACUGGAAGACUUGCGUUCAAGAUGCCCUUUUCCACCGGGGAGGAGAACUUGCUUCAGCUGAACCAAGAAAGCUUCGACUUUAAUGUGCAGUUUGAACAGCUCUUCUUCUCUAUUAUACCAUCUGUGCUAUUUAUUACGGCAUCGUUAUGGAGGACGUUUUAUCAGGCAAGGAAGCCAACUAUAGUGAAUGCACCAGCUUUUCAACUCGUCAAACUGGGUGCUAUCACAACUUAUGUUGGGCUUGAACUCUCACUCCUCAUUCUAGUCGCCGUGGGUUCCUUCCAUGUGGCCAGCAUGUUUAUAGCCUCCUCGGUCCUUAAGCUUGUGUCGGCGUUAUUCAUGAUAACACUUAGCCUCGUCGAUCACAGCAAGAGCUCGAGACCUUCCGUGCUCCUGAAUAGCUACUUAUUUCUGACCCUCCUCCUGGAUGCAGCUCAAGCAAGAACGCUAUUUCUGGUAUCGGAAGACAAGCCCGAACUCACUUACAGCAACAUAUUCUGCGCUGCGAUGGCUCUAAAGGUUGGAAUAUUGGUAUUAGAAGCCCAACGAAAAUCGAAAUGGGUCUGCUGGGACGAAAAAGAGCAUAGUCCCGAGCAGAUGAGCGGGAUCUUUUCCCUCGGAGUCUACUUCUGGCUUAAUAGGAUCUUCAUGGAGGGGUAUAAGAAAGUUUUGACGAUGAACGACUUGUACCCCCUGGAUAGCUCUCUAGAUGGUAAAUUGCUCUACGAAGAGUUCUCUAGAAACAUAGAUUAUUCGAAACUGAAGGGCGACAAGUUUGGCCUCGCGAAGGCACUAAUGCGCACAUUGAAGGUCCCUCUCAUGCUUCCUAUAUUCCCACGCCUGGCACUUCUCGGUUUUACGUUUUGCCAACCUUUCUUGAUCGAAAAGCUAUUGGAGCGCCUGUCGGGGCCCGAUAUCGACGCAAACGUCGGAUACGGCUUCAUCGGGGCCAGUAUACUGAUUUACUCGGGAAUCAGCAUCUCUACGGCCCUCUGUUGGGAGGAAACUAAGUUUGGAGAGUUGGUGAAGGCUGGGGCCAAAUAAAGUAAAUAUCUACCUUAGAGGUAGCGUCCUAAACUGACGUAUCGUUAAUUCAUAGCAGAUAUUGACUGAUCCCGGUUAGGAUCAUCGAU